AUGGCGGAAUUCGGGGGACACUACAUCAAGUUUGACAAAGUCAUCUCUGGUGAUCUCUGUCAGAAUGGCAUAUUCAAUGUCAAGGGAAUCAGGGUCAAACGCUUUCUCAUGUGGCUGCCUAUUGGCAGUGUGAGAACAGACCCUCCUCCUGUCUCUCUCUCUCUCUCUCUCUCUCUCUCUCUCUCUCCCUCUCUCUCUCUCUCUCUCUCUCUCUCUCUCUCUCUCUCUCUCUCUCUCUCUCUCUCUCUCUCUCUCUCUCUCUCUCCUUUUUAA